AUGCAACAAUCUCCAAAGUUAGUAACGCAAUCAACAUCUACUUCUCUAUCUCCUGACAAUCUCAAUAAAAAUCAACACCCAAUCGUGGAUAUGAAUAUUGAUCGUAUUCGAAUUGAGCAAACGAAAGAUAUUACAAUAUCUGAUCGAAUGAAAUCUGUUCUAAUACAACCUGAUCACUAUCCGCAUGAAGUGGUCGACGAUGGAGUUUUAUACAAGAGAAUUCACCGAACUGGUGGCUCGGUAGUGCAAGUACCAUGGUUGCCAACAUCUUUGAUCUCCGAUGUUCUAUAUUUAUAUCAUGACCACCCAAUGAGUGGUCACUUGGGUAUAACUCGAACAUUUCACAAAGUUCGAGAGCAAUUCUUUUUUCCUCGGAUGUAUGAGCAUAUCAAGAAAUAUAUUCGUUCAUGUACUGCUUGCACACAAUUCAAUGUACAACGACAGAAACCACCUGGACUUCUCCAAUGUGAACCACCUCCUGAUGGAGUUUUUGAAAUAAUGCAAAUGGACUUUUGGAAGGCACCGGUCCGUUCAUCAGCUGGAAAUUUAUAUGUGCUAAUUAUUACUGAUCGCUUAUCCAAAUUUGUGUUUGCUCGUGCUGUUCCAUCAGCCACUGGUGCAGCUGCAGCUGAAAUGUUAUUAGAAGAUAUUAUUCUCAAACAUGGUUCUAUUCGUUAUCUUCAAUCGGAUCAGGGAACCCAUUUUCGCAACGAACUUUUAUCAGCAAUUACAAAUCUUACUGGUUGUCAACAAGUAUUUUCAAUUCCAUACCAUCCAAUGUCCAAUGGGCAGGUGGAGAGAUUUAAUUCGACGUUCUGUGGCCAAUUAAAAAAGUACUGUCGUGACAAUUUAACUGAAUGGGAUAAUUAUUUAUCGGCUGUUGUAUGGGCUUACAACUCUACAAUUCAUGCGACCACUCGAUUUAUUCCAUAUGAAUUAGCAUUCAAUCGACGUCCGUUAACUCCGUUCGUAUCUACACCACCGGUGGUACGUCUAAUGAAGUCACAUGAUUAUUGGGAGAAAGCCACUCGUUUCAAAUCAAUUGCUAUUCAAUCUGCCAGAUCGAAUAUUCAACGACAACAGAAUACUAGCAAAACACGAUAUGAUCAAGGCCGUCGAAAUCCCACAUAUGAACCUGGUGAUCUAGUUUGGUUAAAACAAAUCAACAAUCGAACAAAAUUCGAUGUACGAUACCAUGGACCUUUCGUUAUUUUGGAACGCGACACACCAGUCAAAUAUCUUAUCGAACAUUCGGAAAUGGGAUAUCGUCAAUGGGAACAUCUCAACAACCUUAUUCCAUUCUAUGAUCGUGAUUAA